UUUCCUUAUAUGGCCAAGGAGCAGAGUACAUCUAAGGCUUGUGCUUGUUUUGUCCUGCCAAGCUGCCGGACGCAGCCUCACAUCACCUUGAAAAUGAAAAGGAAUAUUGCGGAUUGUGUGAAGUAAGAGAGUGGAAUCAAAGCUGUCAGCAAGGAGCCAACACGUCUUCAGCGCGGCAGGCCAUUUUAACCUUCCUUCAGUGGGCGGGCGUACGGUGAGAUCGAUUUCUCACUUUAUUGCAGGGGCGUGUAGCUUGCAUGAAGAUCCCAACUUCAGAACAGACCAUAGCACCCAGCCUCCAUUUCCACAUCCAGGAAAAUGUCAGGUUCUUACGAUGAAGCCACUGGCGGAGAUGAAAUCACAGACAGCUUCUGGGAGGUGGGCAACUACAAGCGAGCAGUGAAAAGGAUUGACGAUGGGCACAGACUUUGCAAUGACCUCAUGAACUGCAUCCAGGAGCGGGCCAAGAUUGAAAAGGCCUAUGGGCAGCAGCUGACUGACUGGUCAAAGAGAUGGAAGCAGCUUGUCGAGAAAGGUCCUCAGUAUGGCACACUGGAGAAAGCCUGGAUUGCUAUGAUGACAGAAGCAGACAAAGUCAGUGAGCUGCAUCAAGAGGUAAAGAAUGGGCUCCUCACCGAUGACUUGGAGAAGGUCAAGAACUGGCAGAAAGAUGCAUACCACAAGCAGAUGAUGGGAGGCUUCAAAGAAACUAAAGAGGCUGAGGAUGGCUUCCGAAAAGCACAGAAGCCUUGGGCCAAGAAACUUAAAGAGAUGGAGGCCGCAAAGAAGACUUAUCACAUGGCAUGCAAAGAAGAGAAACUGGCCGCCCAGCGAGAGGCCAACAGCAAAGCAGAGGCCUCCGUCACCCCUGACCAACAGAAAAAACUACAAGACAAGGUGGACAAGUGCAAGCAAGAUGUUCAGAAGGCAAAGGAGAAGUAUGAGAAGGCCCUCGAGGAGCUGAACAAGUGCACGCCGCAGUACAUUGAGAACAUGGAGCAAGUGUUUGACCAAUGUCAGCAGUUUGAGGAGAAGCGCCUCAACUUCCUGAAGGAGGUGCUCCUCGAUAUCAAGCGUCAUCUGAACCUCACAGAGAACCAAAGCUACUCAAGUGUCUACAGGGAAUUGGAGCAAACCAUCCGCACCGCCGAUGCUCAGGAAGACCUCAAGUGGUUCAACAACUUCCAUGGCCCAGGAAUGCACAUGAAUUGGCCUCAGUUUGAGGAAUAUAACCCUGACCUGACGCACACCAUCACUAAAAGAGAAAAAGCGAAGAAGCCCAAUGAGGGGGUGACCCUUACCAAUGUCACCCCUGGAGGAGAGCAUCUGGCACAGGCUGGUGACCGGGGCAGUGUGAGCAGUUAUGACAAAAACCAGGCAUAUUCAGCAGAGUGGUCUGAUGAGGAGUCUGCCAACCCUUUCACAGGGAAUGAAACUAAUGGAGGAUCCAACCCCUUUGAGGACGAGUCUUCUGCAAAUAAAGGAGUGAGAGUAAGGGCACUUUAUGACUACGAGGGGCAGGAGCAGGAUGAGCUGAGCUUCAAAGCAGGAGAUGAGCUGACCAAACUGGAGGAUGAGGAUGAGCAGGGCUGGUGCAAGGGUCGCCUGGACAAUGGCCAGCUUGGUUUGUACCCUGCCAACUAUGUGGAGUCCAUCUAGUUUGCCUGCCUUGUGGACCAGCAAUCUCGAUGCCCCCCUCCCCCAAUCCUGAACCACAUCUCCCACCCUGUCCUCCCCCACACCCCAUUCUUACAGAGGCAGCUUGGACUGAACCAGCCAAUUGAACUGCAGCUCUGGUGUUGCUUGGUCUGAAGAGACAAACUACUGAAGUACUUCCCUCGCCAGACUUCGCAGUGCUGUCUAGUGAAAGACGUCCUUAGUUAAAAAUACGAGAGGACGGUAAUGACCGCAUCCAAGGCACAUAAGAAGGACAACAAAAGGCAACAUUCUGGCUGGACUAUCCCACAAAGCAGUACAUGUGCUUUACAUCCUUGUUCGGUACUGGACUUUAGACCUCCAACCGUGCACAAGUGCAGGGAAUCAUUUUGCGUUUUUGUGUAGCUGUGCUCAGUAUGAAUUUUGUGCUGCAGAUAUGACAUAUGUGUAGCGGUAUGUUCUAUUCAAUGAGUAUUACAUAGCUAUCAAUUCUUGUGGAGCAGUCUGUGCUGCACAAGGAACACAUUCUGUAUAUUUGGUGCCGUUUGCGUAAUCCCAUCCUGCUGCACACACGUAUUGUGCGGCAGAGAGAUGUGCUACGCAAAAUGCUCUCUUUGUGUUUUGAUGACAUUCCUGUUGACGGUAUGUGCUAUACAACGUGUUGUUUCCCGUAUCUGACUCUAGUUGUCCAGCAGCAUGCUCUCUCUGAUAUGCAUUUCAGUGACGUGCAGAAGAUGCAACAUCAAUAACCGGCUACAAUGGCAUAGGUGUUUGCAAUUUUAACCCCCCUCUCACCACCACCCAGGAAAGCAGAUUCUGAUUCUAUAAGCAAGUAAGAAAAAAAGCCACUCUUCAUGUGAUUAUUUAUGUAUCUUUACAGCUCUUUAGAGAAUCAUUUGAAGCUUGUUGCCAUGAGAGAAAUGAAACCUUUCUUUACAAACAUUUAUUUUUGCUAAAUCCAAUGCCCCCUUUUGCAUUUUGAUAUACUAGUUGAUGACCUGCAUUUGAUAAAGCUGCUCACUAUGGAUGGGGCUGUAGAAGGACAAGCUGAUUGAAGAAAUGGAGUCAGUUCAAGAUGAGGAGUGGAAGUCAUGUCAAACUUAAAUUGAGGUUGCUAAUGAAUGUUUCUGAUGGGUAUUGUGGCCUAGUGUCUUCAAAGCCUCACCCGAGCAAAACCAGAUUUGGCCUGUGGGUUCCUUGGAGGAAAGUAGCUUGGUAGAGAACACAGUCAAUCAAGCUUUAUUUGAUCCUGAGACUUUCUUAGUAACGUAAGUGCAGUGGAUUUACAAAGCAAUUACAAACUUUGAUUUUAUGGUUCUGUCUGUAGUUUUCCCUAGUCAAUUGGUUUUAGUUUUACUAACUGAAUAAUUUUGGAUUCAGCUCUUCCGGGUCUUCAUAUAAGUAAAUGUGUAUAUGCACACACUAUAUUACAAUAUAUAUAUAUAGUAUACAGCAUAUUUAUAUCAAUUUUUGAAACUGCACAAACCCUUUCAUAGUUGUGAGGCUAUCGGUCCAUCAUAAGGCGUAUCCCUAUGCUCACUGAAACUGUGCAGAUAUGAUACUGUGAAUUAAUCUAACACACACGUCUUAUAAAUGCCUAUCAAAUGCUUAUUGGAUGCCUCAAAAAGAUGCCCUAACAUUUUUGUAACCCCUGAUAAGAUUUUUUUACUGGUUUGAUCCAGAGUACUGUUUGCCAUUGGUGAAUACUUGCCAGUGCUGUGAUUGGCAACCGUAUGCUUCUCACACUGGUGUCACAUUUAAAAAGAGGUUCUGAGCUUAUAGCUAGAAUAGUCACGCUUAAAAUUCACAGUGAGGAUACAUUUAUAAUCUUCUGGUUCUACUUCAAUUUAAAUUAGGAAUACCGAUAAAUCCACGUAUUCAUCCAUUUCCAGUACUUAUCUUGUGCAGUUUAGGGUUCUGGCGUGAAGUUCAGGCUGAUCCUGGCAGUAUCAGUCAAUCCUGAGCAGAGCACCAGAUAUGCUCUUAAUCAAGAUUUCUUAAACUAUUGCUCUUUUUAGUGUCUUCAAGGCCCAUUCUUUGUUGAAUGUCUGCAUGGGUGUGGCUGUACAUUAUAACCAUCCCUCUUUGAGAAUUGUAGAUGAUCAGCUUGGGUUUGGUUUACAAUUGAUAGAGAUAUAUUGAUUGCUUAAUCAGUGUGAGGAAAACCCAUCGUGACCCGUAACCAUUAAAUACAACAGAAACCUGCGACCCAACGGUGGCAGAACCUCUGUUCUAAAUUAAUGACAGCUUCAUUUUUUAACAAAACUGAAGUGUUGCCCUUAAUAGAAAGAGUAAACAUGUACUCGGCUGGGAUAAUUGUCAUUCAGUUGGUUGCUGUUGACUGCAUUGCCUCAAAGCAAACUGUGCACAACUAAAAACACUUGUAAUGAUUCAUUGUGCUACCCAAACCUGCUUCUGUGCACCCCAAGCAAAUAUCUCAUCAGCUUAUAUUACAUUUAUUUAUUUGGCUGGCACCUUUAUCCAGGGUGACUUACAACAUUUAUGAUACAACUGGUAACAUU